AACUUGGAUGGAAAGGAACCGCUCGCAUCUGCUUCCAUCCCAUCCCAUCCCAUCGGCGAAGCACAAGGCAUCAACGUGCACAGUUAUCCUCUCUACGUCAACCAGAGUCCAUAGAGUAUACGGUAGCAGGUCGAGGGAGAUGGGAGACCUCAAAAGACACACCAAUCAUGGAGCUAUCGACGCAAGUCUUUUUAUUCCCUCUUAGCCAACACGUCCGAUUCAUUCAAAUCACACGCCGACUUCUCCACUGGCUGUACGGUCGCAACGCUGCGUCAGCCGAAUCAUCUUCCUCCUCCGAAAGCACGCUGAUUCCAAGAACAAGUUGGUCUCAGCUGGUUCCGUCAGCUUUUUUGCUUCUCUCUUAUCCGCCGUGGAUGGGGUAUCAGCAAAAGACGUAAGCUUUAUGUGGGAAGAGGAGGGGAAUAAGGCCGGCCCGCGUUUUCCGGUGGUCUCUGAUGCCGCGAACCGACAUUGCGUGCGUUCCACCACCACGCUUUCUUCGUUGUGAUCUUUUGGUAAAGGUGGAGUAGAGGCUCUGGCUUCGCAUAUUCUCCACUGUGCCGCCGUUCCCACCGGUUUGAUCUUUCUUGCUCACAACUUGUUUGUGGAAAUUCCGAAUCGUAAUUUCUUAUGCUAUCUCCCUAUAUAUUUUACAUAUAUUUAUUUACGUUACGAUAGAUGCAUCUCUUUCUUGUCACAUUUUCUUAGUUCGUCAUUUGGGCGAAGGGCUUCCUACAAAGACAACAAGAGGCAUCGAAGUUUUCUAUCCUCUUUCGAUGCUCAAAAUCAGUGAUAGGAAAGCUAACAUCUGUGUAUUCUUCUCGUGUCUGGGAUUACUUUUACAAUGCGUGAUCGUGGAAACUCCAUAUACCUUUCGUGAUAACCGGGGACAUCCUCCUCCAUGCCUACCUACCACAGUAGGCAUGGGAGUGGUGUGCCUUGUUGAAGAAUGAUGUCGGAUGCUCGACAGGAGCUAUGGUCUCUGGGUACAAAGGGAUGACUCCCGAUAGAGAUGUGGUUUAUGAUAAGAAGAAUUAUAUCUUCUAUUCGUUACGGUGGAUCGUCUUUGCUUCCGAGAAUUGAUAUGGAUAUCAUGUGGAUCAGUGAAAUCAUCUUGACAAGUUGAAUGCUAAUAGUAGUGCAAUCUGAUUUACCAAGCUUGCAUUUGAACAUCAACGGCUGGAAGGAUGUAGAUAUGCUUAUGCAAUGUAUCAGAAUGACACCAGUAACUCAUCACUCCAAUUUCCAGCAAAGUAACAGAAUGAUCAUGAAUGUCAUCCAAAACAAAAUUCUGGAAAAUAUAUAUAUGCUCAAGAUCACCAAAAGAGAUAAUUCAUGGUGCCAAGUGCAUACAUACCAGAGCUCUCGAUCACGUUGCAGUGGAGAAAGUCAAGAAACCUAGGAGAAAUCGAACUGGUCUUCAUUAUAGUGCCAAAGUUACAUGUAUCUGAUUCAUAUGAGAGCAGAGUUCAGUAUUCAGACCCAAAGAGCACCUGCCUCAUGAAGAAGUGGCACCAAUUCACCACCAAGGUGCAGUGACAUGAUCCUAUCUGUAGAUCCAACCAGCUUGCCUCCGAUGAAUACAAGUGGCACCAGAGGAUUACGCCUCACAAGCACGGCAAGCGCCGUCUCCAUCUCUCUUCCCCUUGGUUCCUCGUCAAGUUCAUGCACUGCAGCAUUGACACCGAGGUCAUGGAGGAGGCUCUUCACAGUAUGGCACAUGCAGCAUGAGCUGCUGCUGAAGACUACCACCGCUCGUUGGGACACCAACUUCUUCACCUUCUCCAUUCUAUUGUAGCAAAAUGGAUGGAGAACAUAGUCUGCUGAAGAGCCAAACCGAACGCUGAAUGGUUUGUGUUGGAGUUCAGUACUCCUGUGUGACCUGCUUAUAUAGAGAUGGAAAGCUCAAUGUUUGCGUGCCCACAGCAUCAUUGUCUUCUAUCAUUUCAUUGACGCUGACUUCACUGUGCAUUUUUGGAAGAUUUGUAUUCUUUUGAAACCACAAAAGUUAUUUGUAAGGUUGAUCUGAGUCCACUCUUGGUCGUGUAGGAUCAGUGAUGACUUGAGCCAUGCCAUGUUGAUUUCCGAGGUCUCAGAACAGUGGUAGAUGGAAUCCUUGGUUCUAGCUGACGAUGCACAUCUUAACAGCAACUCUUCAGGUCAAACUUCAUUACACUGGAGAAGAACAUUAUCCAUUUGGUGGUCCAUGAAAAAGAUGAACAAUGCCACAAGCGGAUGAAAGAAACAGGCAGUACGGUGCUGCCUCGGGACACAAGGAAUCAUGUACAUUUCGGUGGAGGCAUCAUCAUCAUCUAUAUGAAUGGAGAGUUUGAUUCCAGUGGCUGGUGGGUACCGGAGAACCAUGAGUUUCACCGCUGGCAACUUGUAAGGCCAUGUUCCACAUUGCCUCUGGUCCUUAGGCUGUUACUGCACUUGCACCACCUCAUCAGCGAUGGUAUCUGUGAUGCUGUGACUUGACCAUGCAUUCAUCUUCUUAAUCUGAUGGUUCCGAGCUAUCAGUAAAAUCAUGUUCCAGUGAGACAGAAGACAAGGAGAUACGGCUGCCUUGCCUUCAUUGUUCCAAGCUAAGCGGAGAUUAUUCUUACUUCAGACAUGAGAUCUGCCUCAUGUGUGCUAAGAACCUUGACAUGCUCAUUCACUUGGAUGAUAGUAUCCAUUUUAUGAUAUUCCGAGUUCAUUUCAGAAGGUCUUUCUUCCUGAUACAAUGUUGCUAGGUGAAGCUGAUGGGUUAACCUUUGAGUAUUGGAGGAGACAAAGGUGGCUCUUAGAAGGGAAUCCACUUCCACAUGGUAUGUUUUGAAUCCUUUUCCUUUAUAGUUUCUGAAGGUAUCUUUAUGCAACAUGGCCAAUACUAUGCUCUAAUUAGGAUAAGAUUACGGACUGUUGUAUCAUGGAUAAAUCUAGAAUGCACUGUCUUUAUAGUUUCUGAAGGUAUCUUUAUGCAACAUGGUCAAUACUAGGCUCUGAUUAGGAAGAAGAUACUCUCAAAUCUCUUUGAAGAAUUGGGGAUAUGGUUGUCAUGGAAUGCCAAAUCAACACCAUGAACCAAUCGAUGUCGACUGAUUUAGACAAGGUGCUUCCUUGAUUUCAUAGCCUAAUCCAUCUCAAGUUGAUUCACUGCAUAAAUUCAUCUGUUAACUCUUGCUCUGUUCAUUCAAAACUGUAUACAUCAGUUACUUAUUUGUUUAUACUUGUGAUGAUCAGAACACUGUUGGCAUGACUAAGACUCCACUAAAUAUAUUGAUAGCUGGUGAUCAAAAAGCCAAAGACAUGCAACCGCCUGCAGAAUCCUUAGAGAAACCUAGCUAGGAACAUUAAGAAUGCCAGAGAAAACAUCAAGAUCAUUCUAGGUAUGUCCGUCGAUGCAUAUGCCUAUCACUCCGAGCUGUAUGACAUCACUGUUAGCCACAAGCAUGUAUCCGUGCAACACCACCACAUGUCCAGAAGACUCAAUUGGCAAGAAACAUCAUGCAUAUAUUCUGAGAAGAUCUAGGGUUACUGUUUGGCAUUCCAAAUCCUUGCUGACUGAUCUCGACCUUAUCGCGAAUUAGGAUAAAGAAAGCUUCGUCAUCGGCAGAUUGAGAUAGGUCACCUCCUAAUAUUCGAGCAUCAGAAGCUCAAAGUUUCAUCUUCAACGGAGAUAGAUGGCUACAUUUAUCCAACUUUGUUCCAAGGAGAAGUGACCUGCAACAGACUAUGCAGUAAACCAGGGUUACUUCCAAACUAAUGGUCAGAGGAUACUUGAGCAAUGUGUUUCACCAAAAUUUCCCAGCCAAAGGAUUCCGCAUUUAGAGUCCUUCGGCUCAAUAACAGUACCACCCAGGCUCACUUUUAGCCCUAUAAAAACAUCACGCUUCUGGAGCUUUAACCACCAAGUCCUGAGUUCUUAAAGCAUAUCUACCCCAUUGCCUCUCCUCGCUCUUCAAACCUGUGUCUGAAUUCUGCCCAAUCUUCAGCCACAAUUUGGAUCAGUCCACAAGAAUCUGAGCUCCCACAUUCCAUUUGAUCCGAGCUUGUGUCAGGAUGGACAGGGUGAUGAAGUUGGCCUCGCAGAAGGCAGUGGUAAUCUUCAGCUUGAGCUCAUGCUGCAUGUGCCACACCAUCAAGAGGCUCUUCUGCGAGCUGGGAGUCAAUCCUGCUGUUUAUGAGCUUGACGAAGACCCCAGAGGGAGAGAGAUGGAGAAGGCACUGGUCAAGCUGCUCAGCCGCAACCCCUCGGUGCCGGUCGUGUUCAUCGGAGGAAAGCUCGUUGGAUCCACCGAUAGGAUCAUGGCGCUUCAUCUUGGUGGCAAGCUGACUCCAUUGCUUCGGGAGGCUGGUGCUCUAUGGCUUUGAUCUCCUCACUAUCAGAUUAAUCUCUCCUUCACAACAAGAAGUGAACUCAGGAAGAGUUUGGCUUUGCUUUUUGUAGCUUGUACUGAAGACCAUGCCAUGCAAAUAAGGUGUACAGCUUCUGCUGCUUCUUGAUGAACUGAAUCUAACAGAUAUGUUGUCACUGCUAGAAUUCAUGGAUGAGAUAAGCAGAAGUAAAAUCUCCCAGUUAAUCUUCCAAAAUUCCUGAAAUAUAAUCCGAGUUACUGAUUCCUAAGAGUUGCAUGAA